AUGCUCCAGGCGGUUCUGGACAUUCCUCAGCGGCUCCUGAAGGAGGGGAGAGAGUCCCGGCAGCUGGUGCUGGUGGUGGUGUUUGUCGCUCUGCUGCUGGACAACAUGCUGCUCACUGUAGUGGUGCCCAUUGUGCCCACCUUCCUGUAUGCCACAGAGUUUGAAGAUGUCAACUCUUCUCUGCACUUUGGCCAUGCUCUCAGUUCCCAGCAGGCCCUCAGCUCUCCCGCCUUUUCCACCAUCUUCUCCUUCUUUGACAACAACACCAUAGUGGUUGAAGAAAAUGCACCCAGUGGCACAGCAUGGAUGAAUGGCACUUCUGCCACCAUCCCCCCUCCAGUCACUGAAGCCAUCUCAGCACAUAAAAACAACUGCUUGCAAGACACAGAGUUCUUCAAGGAAGAGAACAUCCGGGUUGGGGUUCUGUUUGCUUCAAAGGCUCUGAUGCAACUUCUGGUCAACCCCUUCGUAGGACCUCUCACCAACAGGAUUGGAUAUCACAUUCCCAUGUUUGCUGGCUUUGUCAUCAUGUUUCUCUCCACAGUCAUGUUUGCUUUUUCUGGCACUUAUACUCUGCUGUUUGUGGCCCGAGCCCUUCAAGGCAUCGGAUCUUCAUUUUCAUCUGUUGCAGGUCUGGGAAUGUUGGCAAGUGUCUACACUGAUGAUGACGAGAGAGGGCGAGCCAUGGGGAUUGCCUUGGGGGGCCUGGCCUUGGGAGUACUGGUGGGUGCGCCCUUUGGCAGCAUGAUGUAUGAGUUUGUUGGGAAGUCCGCUCCCUUCCUCAUCUUGGCCUUGCUGGCACUACUGGAUGGAGCGCUCCAGCUUUGCAUCCUGCAGCCUUCCAAAAUCUCUCCUGAGAGUGCCAAGGGGACUCCGCUCUUUAAGCUUCUCAAAGACCCUUACAUCCUGGUGGCUGCAGGUUCCAUCUGCUUUGCCAACAUGGGAGUGGCCAUGCUGGAGCCCACACUGCCCAUCUGGAUGCUGCAGACCAUGUGCUCCCCUGAGUGGCAGCUGGGUCUAGCUUUCUUGCCUGCCAGUGUGUCCUACCUCAUUGGCACCAACCUCUUUGGUGUGUUGGCCAACAAGAUGGGUCGGUGGCUGUGCUCCCUGAUUGGCAUGGUGGUAGUAGGAACCAGCUUGCUCUGUGUUCCUCUGGCUCAUGAUAUUCUCGGUCUCAUUGGCCCCAAUGCAGGGCUUGGCUUUGCUAUAGGCAUGGUGGAUUCCUCUAUGAUGCCCAUCAUGGGGCACCUGGUGGACCUGCGCCACACCUCCGUGUAUGGGAGUGUCUAUGCCAUCGCCGACGUGGCUUUUUGCUUGGGCUUUGCUGUAGGCCCUUCCACUGGGGGUGCCAUCGUGAGGGCCAUCGGCUUCCCGUGGCUCAUGGUCAUCAUCGGCGUUGUCAACAUCACCUACGCUCCUCUCUGCUUCUACCUGCGGAGCCCCCCAGCCAAGGAGGAGAAGCUGGCUAUUCUGAGCCAAGACUGCCCCAUGGAGACUCGGAUUUAUGCAACCCAGAAGCCCACAAAGGAAUUCCCCCUGGGGGAGAACAGCGAUGUGGAGCCUGACAGCGAGGGGUAG